AUGGAUGAAGUUGUUCAAGAACAUGUUGGUGUCAUUUCAAAUCCAUCACAUAUCGAUGUCAAACUCUUGAACUGCUGGAGCUUUGAUGAUCUCACUGAUGUUUCGUUGAGUGCCUAUAUUGGAGUUGCGGCAACCAAAAUUCCCCGCACUGUUGGGAGAUACUUUGUGAAGAGGUUUAGGAAAUUUCAAUGUCCUAUUGUUGUGAGGCUGACAAACUCACUCAUGAUGUAUGGGAGGAACAAUGGGAAGAAUACCAAGGUUGUUAGUGUCACCAAGCAUGCUAUGCAGAUUAUCCAUUUUCUCACUGAUCAAAACCUAAUUCAGGCCAUUGUUGAUGUUGUCGUCAACAGGUAUGCUUCAGUUGAUCCGAAACAGAUUUUUGUGUUGUGGUUAUGUGUUUUGAUGUCAGGUAAGAGUUGA